AUGUCUUCAGAAGAUAUCGCAGAAGAAAUUCGAACGUUUUUCCCCGAUUCUGAAGAAGUCGUCGUUCAAUAUUUAGCUGGCUACCUUGUGGACGACGCUGGCGAGGAGGAAGAUGUUCUUCGAGUCGCUCGCGAAAUACUCGAAUCUCUGGCUGGAGAUCAGGUCGACAAGCUCGAGAAACUCAUGUUACGCCUCGGAGACCUAUUAGAAGAUCAGUUGCAUGCUAGACUCAAGAAACAGUCCGGACCAAAGCUUCAGAAACUAGAUAAGGUGAUGGACUUGAGCAAAAAUCACAUAUCGAACACGAAGGCGUUCGGGGAGGGUGUGGAUCUAGAGAGUAUUAACAAGGGAAAAGCUUCAAGGGUCGAUGUCAAGAAAUUAGAAAAACAGGAGGCGAAACUGAGGGCCAAAAUUGACAAACGGGCUCGUAGGGAUUUGUACGAAGGUUCAAAGCUUCUGGAUGCUCAUCGCAAACAACAAUCCUACGAGGAAAUGUUCAUGAAGAUCAACCCACUGGAAGCAGUCAACUCGAAGAACAAAAGCAAAGACAUUCAUUUACCCUCCAUCGAUGUCAACUUUGGUUCGAACCGCAUUCUAUCCGGGGCCACCCUUACGCUUGCGCAUGGACGACGGUACGGUCUUAUCGGUCGGAACGGUGUCGGUAAAUCCACUCUCCUCCGUCACAUCGCUAUGAGGGAGGUGCCCAUACCACCCCAUAUCACUAUUCUCUUUGUUGAGCAGGAAGUCGUCGGAGACGAUACAACAGCUAUCGAUUCUGUCCUAAAGGCUGAUGUCUGGCGUGACCAUUUGCUGAAGGAAGAAGCUCAGCUAAAUGCUGAGCUCGCCGAAUUGGAGCAAGAGAACGACGAGAAACGAUUUGACGAUGCCAGGGAGGAAGCUUCGUCGCGUCUAGCCGAGGUCCACGCACGGUUAGCUGACAUGGAAGCUGAAAGCGGCCCAGCGAGAGCAGCUGCGCUACUUGCGGGUCUAGGCUUUGACGAGGCCGACCAACAACGGCCUACAAGAUCGUUUAGUGGUGGUUGGAGGAUGCGUCUGGCCCUCGCCCGAGCGUUGUUUGUCAAGCCAGCCUUACUCCUUCUUGACGAACCUUCCAAUCACAUCGAUCUCAACGCCCUUGCAUGGCUGGAAGAUUAUCUACAAACUUGGCCUGGAACACUUCUUGUCGUCUCGCACGAUCGUGCUUUCCUCGACGCCGUUGCCACCGACAUCGUCCACCAGCAUUCCGGUAGAUUAGACUAUUACAAAGGCAACUUCACUCAGUUUUACGCUACGAAAUCCGAACGUGAUAAGAAUAUGCGUAAAGAGUAUGAAACCCAGAUGGAAUACCGUAAACACUUACAGGCCUUCAUUGAUCGUUGGAGAUACAAUGCCAAUCGCGCUGCCCAAGCACAGUCAAAAAUCAAGAUAUUGGAGAAGCUUCCCGAACUUCACCCACCAGAGGAAGAGGACACAGAGAAAUUCAGAUUCCCAGAGACUGAGAAGAUAUCGCCGCCACUCCUUCAGAUGUCUGAAGUUACAUUUGGUUAUACUCCAGAGAAGGUUGUUCUCAAGAGUGUCAACAUUGAUGUCGGCCUGGACUCCAGAAUUGCCAUUGUCGGUGCAAACGGAUCCGGAAAAUCUACUUUAAUCAAGGUCUUGACGGGAGAACUCAACCCCAUGGGUGGUCAGGUCAAUCGAAAUGGGCGACUCCGAGUCGGCUACUUCGCUCAACACCACGUUGAUACUCUAGUACCGACCAUGUCCCCUGUACAAUUCCUUGCCUCUAAAUACCCUGGCAAGACUGAGCAGGAAUAUCGCCAGCAUUUAGGUAAUUUCCAAAUUAGUGGUAUGACGGGACUACAGCCGAUCGGGACGCUUAGCGGUGGUCAAAAGUCCAGAGUCGCAUUUUCUGUUUUGUCUCUCCAAGGACCCCAUAUAUUACUUCUGGAUGAGCCGACUAACCACCUGGAUAUCGAGGGUUUAGACGCAUUGAUGACCGCUUUGAAUACAUGGAACGGGGGAGUUAUUAUCAUCUCUCACGACGAACGGUUCAUUACCAAUGUGGCGAAAGAACUGUGGGUAUGUGCCGACAAUACAGUAAGCAAGUUCCGAGGAGAUGUGCAAAGCUACAAGAAAUUGAUUGUGAGCAACAUCAAGACGAAGCCAUAA